CCCAUUCAACCGGCGUUGAACCAGUGAUACAGUGACAGGCAGUCUUUUUUCCAACGAUCUGCCUACCUCUCCUCUCCUUCCUCGCUCCCUGAGGAGCUGGCAUUUGGCACCUCCAUUCGCUCCACCACUCUCCAGUCUGUCUUCUCCCCCGGCACACUCCACCUGACCGUCUCCCCAGGAGCAAGAGGAGGAAGUAAAUAUAUUACGGAAUUCCCAGGUCUCUCUUCUCUCAGCUGUUCCCAAGAUCGCAUUCCCAAAUUCGCAAUUCGCGUGCAUGUUGCUGGCCCAGAUCCGAUAUUCUCUCGGAGGAGCCAGGAUUUGCGGGAGGUGUUACUGAAUUGCCGGCUCUCUGGUUUGAUGCAGGCUUCUUGGGCCUAGUUGAAGGUGAAUUGGCAUCCAGGGGGUUGACUUGACUGGUGGUUCCCCCGGCGCCGGAGAUGGGCAAGGGGGGCGGCUGCGUCCCCAGCAAGAAGCGCCAGCCGCCGGCUACCACCGUCGCCGCCGCGCCCUCGUCGUCAUCCGCCGCCGCGGUGCCGCGGGACGCGCCCGAGGAGGCCCUGGACUCGGCGGCUGAGGAGCCCAGGCGGACGCUGCGGCUGUACAUCGUAUUCUACUCGAUGUACGGGCACGUGGAGGCGCUGGCGCGUCAUGCGGCAGCGGGGGCGGGCGCGGUGGAGGGGGUGGAGGUCGUCCUGCGGCGGGUCCCGGAGACGCUCUCGCCGGAGGUGCUGGAGAAGAUGCAGGCGCCGGACAAGGACCCCGCCGUCCCGGUCAUCGCAGCGCCUGCCGACCUGGAGGAGGCUGACGGGGUGCUGUUCGGGUUCCCGACCAGGUACGGCGCCAUGGCCGCGCAGAUGAAGGCCUUCUUCGACUCCACGGGCUCCCUCUGGGAGAAGCAGGGGCUCGCGGGGAAGCCCGCCGGCUUCUUCGUCAGCACCGGCACCCAAGGCGGCGGCCAGGAGACCACUGCUUGGACGGCGAUCACCCAGCUGGUGCACCACGGGAUGCUCUUCGUCCCAAUCGGCUAUACCUUCGGCUCUGGCAUGUUCAACAUGGAUGACAUCAGAGGAGGCAGCCCCUACGGUGCUGGAGUCUUUGCUGGCGACGGCAGCAGGCAGCCCAGCGAGGCAGAGCUUUCCCUUGCCGAGCACCAGGGCAGAUACAUGGCUGCCUUCGUGAAGAAGCUCGCUCAGGUCUGAGGCAGAGCCGGAUCUAGCAGAUGAACCAUCCAUCCCUGUGCAGCCAGUCAGCGACACACCAUUGAUCAGCUAUUGUUUUCCUCUUCAGCUACACAUGUUCCUAUCGCCCAUAUAUGUGCACAGCUUGCGGUCAUAGUGUUUGUCGAAGUAGUCAUCAUAUAAUUAAGUUGAGGUUUAUUUGUACAUCUGUUGACAUAAAUAUUUUUUAUUGUGCAUUUGGAAAAUAAGGUCCCGUUUGGAACUUGUGGGUUCUUCUGAAUUGCUGUGGGGAUUGAACUGAUUGAUGUGAAAGAUUGUGUGCAAAGCUUAUUGCUAGUACUUUGUUUUCUGAAGAAGAGCAUGUUUAUUUA